AAUUACCAGUAGCAACGCCGGGGGUUGCGUAUGCUAUAAAAAGCAACUUCUGACCCGUGUUGGCGCAGACAUUUUGUGUAACGUGCGUCAAGAAAAAUGUUUUCAUUAACUUUGUUGGCGCUUGUUGCGUAUACCACUGCAGUCCAAGUUGACCAAGGCAAUCCAGAUGCAUUUGAAGGUGAUAUUGGGUUAGAUCCUGGAACUAGAGCAAUCGUGAACGGCAACCUUGCACCAGGAGAAGCUUUUAAAGGCACAGUCAACAGAAUAUGGAAUGGUGGUGUUAUCCCUUACGUUUACGACAGAAAUUUUGAUGCUAGACGUAGAACUUUGAUGAACAAUGCUAUGGCUGACUAUCACCGACAAACUUGCAUUAAAUUUGUGCAACGAACCAAUGAAAGAGAUUAUGUUAGAAUGGUCAACCAAAAUGCCUGCUGGUCAAUCAUUGGUCGAGGUGGAGGUCAACAAUUACUCAAAAUGGGAGGCCAUUGUUUAGAUGCCGGGACUGCUCGUCAUGAGUUGAUGCAUGCUGUUGGAUUUUAUCAUGAACAAAGUCGAAACGAUCGAGAUAAUCAUGUCAACAUCUACUGGAAUAACAUCCGCUCUGGUGAAUCGUACAACUUCAACAAAUAUCGCACCAACUACUACAACCAACCAUAUGAUUUAAAAUCCAUCAUGCACUACCGAAACUGGGAGUUUUCUCGAAACGGAAGGAAUACUAUUGAAGCUAAAAAUAACCCAAGUUUGAGACUGGGGAGUUCUGAUUUUACACAAUAUGAUUUAAAUGCUAUUCGACUUAUGUAUAGGUGUAGUGGAAGUGGAGGAGGUCCGAGCCCUAACCCGCCUACCUGCACCGAUAGUAAUUCACGAUGUCCGGAAUGGCAACAAAGAGGAGAGUGCUAUAAAAACUCGCGCUGGAUGCUGGUCAACUAUAGAUAUGCAGUCACGAAAGAUGAGAAAAAUUUAUUUGUUAAACAUGAAAAUGUGGUCCCUGUUAUUAAUGGUGGUUCAAGUCACUACAGGUACAAGCAUCUUACAUACGUACAAGUUGAUCAUCACAACCCAACCGCGUUUGAAGGUGACAUUGGUGUGGGACCAGCCGAUCGAGAACUUAUCAAUGGAGGACUAUCAGCAGCUUCCGCAUUUAAGGGAACACUUGAUAAAAAAUGGGAAGGAGGAGUUAUUCCCUUUGUGUUUGACAGAUGGUUUGAUACCAAAAGACGUCAGUUGAUGCUGAAUGCAAUGCGAGUCUACCAUCAACAUACUUGCAUUCGUUUCGUUCCAAAACAAACUAAACAUCAAGAUUAUAUAAGGAUGGUGAGGAUACCACAGUGUUGGUCAAGAGUUGGUCGCACUGGAGGUGAGCAGCUUUUGAAGCUAGGUGACCAGUGUUUAGAUUUAGCAACCACCUUGCAUGAGUUGAUGCAUGCAGUCGGCUUCUAUCAUGAACAGAGUCGCAUGGACCGAGAUGAAUAUGUCAGAAUAUACCCCCAGAACAUUAUGCAGGGUCAAUUCGGAAACUUCAAAAAGUAUCUAACAAACACGUUAAAUCAACCUUACGACUUCAAUUCGAUUAUGCAUUACCGAAACAAUGAAUUCUCAAAGAACGGUUUCAACACAAUUGAGGCAAAACAAAAUCCAAGAAUGGUACUCGGAAAUAACGGAUUUUCCAAACAAGAUAUCGUUUCCAUCAAUUUGAUGUACAAUUGCGGUGGGUAUGGCAAUGGCUUGACGCCGCGGUUACCAUGCAAAGAUGGCCACGCAGUAUGUGCAUGGUCAAAUGUGCAAUUAUGUCGCACAGAGCAGUGGAUGGUAUUGAACUGCAGGAAGACUUGUGGAUUAUGUUAAAUCUUUCUUUUCAAAUGUAUAUUCUAUAUUUGCAAAGCAUUAUUAUCGUCAUUUGUGCUUCAUUUACUUACAAUUUUUAUUGUAAUAAAGUUAGAUGGUGUCAUGCAUA